AUGGGAAUUAAUUCAUUCUACAAAACUUUAUCAAUUCUCUUCGGAGAAUCUUUCAUCAUCACAAAAGAUGAAUUAAAUAAUACGAGGAGGAAUAAUUCAAUUAAACCAGAGGAUGUUUAUGAUAAUAUUUAUUUUGAUUUUAAUACUCUGCUGUAUAAAUCAACACAUGGUUCUAGAAAGAUAAUGAAUAGGAUGAAAUACCAUCAAAAUGUAAUGAAUCAAGGAAAGGAAUCAAUUUUGGAACAAGAUUCAACAACAGAAAAGGAUAAUGGUACAAAGAUAGAAGGAGAAGAUGAAGAAAUUCCACAAGAUACUAGAAUGGUUUUUCAUUCUGUUGUUUUGGAGGGAGUAAUGAGAUAUUUGAAUCAUUUUGAUGCUAGAGAAAGUUUAUUCUUUUCUGUGGAUGGUCCUGCACCUAGAAGUAAAUUAAUUACACAAAAAGUUAGAAGAUAUUUGAAUAGUGCAAUGACAAAUACUGGAAAUACGUUUGUUUCAUUUAUUAAUUUAUCAGAUAUGGAUGAAGAGAUUGUUCUCACUGAAGUGCAAAAGAUUUACCUGAAACUCAUUCAGAAAAAUGUAAUUAAUGAAAGAAAUGAAAAGAAGGCAAUUAGUUCUGUUUGGUUUGUUCCAGGAACAAAUUUAAUGCAAGAAGUUUCACUAGUUAUUUGGCAAUUGGGUGCAUUGGUGCUAACAAAUCCUACUUUUAAUAAUAAUCUUGCAUUCUAUCAUUCACCUGCUGGGAGAGAAGGUGAGGGAGAGUUUAAAAUCCUUGAACAUAUUUAUUCAUCAGAGAAAAACAAUCACAAAAAGGAGGAGAAGAGAGAUUUGAUUGUUUCUGGAGAUUCAGAUUUUGUUUUAUAUGCUCUCAAUUUACCACGCAAUAGACAUAUUACUCUUGUGAAAGAUAUGCCUGGUUUUUAUCAAUUAUAUGAUGUUACCAAACUAAAGGAACAAAUUGCUCGUCGAUGUAGAACUAAAUCAGAUGAAGAUUUAUCGAGAAUUAUUACAGAUAUGACCUUUUUAUUUAUUCUAUGUGGAAAUGAUUAUAUUUCUAAACCGAGAAGAUUUGAUAUUAAAUUAUUUAUGGAUAGAUAUAUUGCUCACCAAAAGUAUUCAGAAAAUAGAGAGUAUUUAAUACAUUAUGAUUUGAAACAGCCAAGUGAAAUGAAAAUCAAUGUCAAGUUCCUAUCUUCAUUAUAUUCUGAUUAUAUUAAGGAUUUCAAGCAAGGUGAAAAUGAAGAUACUGAAACAUCCAAUUCAAAGAAGAAAGCUGAAAUGGAAAAUGGAUUUCCAAAGAUUAACAUUGAUAAUAUUCCAACAAAGGAAGCAAUGGUAUUUCUUAUUACCUUAUUAAAUCUUGGAAAGAGAGAAUUUCUAUGUGAGGAAUAUGAAAUUAUUGAUGCAGAACCAAAACCACAUUUCCAAGUCGUGGUCAAAAUUGGAGAAUCCUACAUUACAACAGCAAGAGGUAAAUCAAAGAAGGAUGCUUUCAAUAAUGCAUUCAAGAAUAUUUUCUUAAAUUUUGAUUAUGGAGAACUUCACAGAGAAGCCAAAGUUAAAACUGGACUUUUUGAGACUAGAGAACAAUUUAAUGAGUUUUUAUCAUUUUUCUAUCAGGAACAAAUUGAAAAGUAUGCAAAUUCAAUAAGGAAACUCCAACAAAAGAUUGCAGAAGUAUCCUAUCAACCAAUUGUGAAGGAUUAUUUGGUGAUGUGUGCCUGGUUUAUGAGUUAUAUUCAGGGAAAGAAUUUGGGAUAUUCACAAUAUUACAAACCUAAAUCAAUUCCAUCAAUUGAUGAAUUAGUUUUAUAUUGUGAGAAGGAAGUGGAAGGUAAACCAGAUUCAUUCUUGACAAUUAAUGUGCCAGCUUCUGAUAAUUUCAUUUUGAAUCCACUAGAAUUUUGUGUAUCUUCAUGUGUUUCUGCAAAGUAA